CAUUACUCCUGGCACCGAUAACGAUCUAAGUUCGCGGACGUAACCUGUGAUGGCUCGGUCAACGACGGAGUCCUCAGCGGCGCUGUAUCCGGCUUCGACCGGCCCUCACUUCAACUUAGAGCGCUGUUAACGAGAGCGCCGUUGUUGAGAUGUCAUGGGAUACUUGGUCCCAUUAUGCCCCACCACAGUUCAACACAAGAGCAAGACAGCCUGUGGAUCUCCCCACUUUCCUUCAGUACAUCCUGCCAGCGUUUUUGUGUUACUGCAUGAGCGCAAUUCUCACUCUGCGCUCCCAUCCUUUCGUGAUACGUCUGGGAUUUUUACCGGCAACUCUGUAUGCGAUGUAUCGUUGUGCUGUAGUGCUUGACUUGUCCAAUGGGGAGGAAACACAGAUGCAUCUGAACCAGCUCCUACUCAUCUUGACAACUGUGUCGAGUAUGCGCGCUACUAUCUGGACAUUCUCUGAAGCACCUUGCAAGAUAUCGGAUCCGUCCAAGUCGACACUUUCUCGUCUCCUGACUAGUUUACGGGGCAUCGGCUGGAACUGGGGCGCAAAUGUCUAUAUUCCACCCGAGAGACGGCCGACCUCGUCUAGAUUUGUUUUGCCGGUUCGCUCUCGCCUGACACGUUUGGCAAGCGUUGGGGGAGGAACGAUACUUGACGGACCCCUUCCUACCCUUCGCUCGACGUACAUCACGCUUCUUUCAGUCGUCGUGAUGUACUGUGCGAUGCAGAGCGAAUAUGAUGCUGCUACUCCAUCGUGGCAUCCAACUGAGUGGCCUCCGCUCUUUGAUGAUCCAUGGUUGUCCACUUCUUUGUCCCAAUUUUGGGCUAGGAGAUGGCAUCAGGCUCUUAAGCCUGUUUAUGUCUCCUUUGGUGGCAUACCCUUGGGUCCAGGGCGUGUGGGGAUGGUCCUGGGUUCCUUCACCACGUCUGCCGUGAUCCAUUAUCUUGGUGUGUGGGGUAUGGGCCAUCGUGCAAAGUUUUGGGACUCUGGAUGUUUGUUUCUAGUCAGUGCGAUUGGUGUUCUUGCCGAGGGUGCGUUUCGUCGGGUUUUUGGAGUUAGGGUUGGAGGUCUUUGGGGGUGGAUAUGGACUAUGGCUUGGUUGUUGUUCUGGUCGAACUAUCUUGUAGAUGCAUGGGCACAGGUUGGUAUGAUUGGGGCCUCUCCAUUUCCUAAAUCUAUGAGGCCAGUGGAUAUACUUGGAUGGACAUGAUUUCCCCCUACAAUUUAACCAUUAUAUGUUUACUGCUAACUAGGUGUGAGGAAGCGGUGACGAAGGUCACAGAACCUCACAUGACGAGCUCAAACCAAGUGACAGGGUUAAUGACUGUAUUAGUAGAACUGGGAAAAAACUGAAGUAUGGAAGGGAACGGGUUAUAUAUGAUAGACCUGUAACCGAUCGUCUUGAAUGGGAGGCAAGCUCAUGAUCAAGAUGACUGAGCUCAAAUUUUUGGUGGUGGAC